GAGGAUGAGGAUGAGGGGAAUGAAGACGAGGGAAGAGAGGAUAAGGAUGGCCGGAGAGAUUCUUUGGUUGCUGAGAAGCUGCUCAAAGAUCAGCUUCAGGAUAGCGGCCGGAUUCGGAGAUUAAUUGCUUCAAGGGUGCAGAAGCCAGAAGAUCCAGAACAAUUCCGGUAUAUAGUGAAACAUCGGCAAUCUGUUACAGCUGUGGCUUUGACUGUGGAUGAGGCGAGGGGGUUUUCCGCUUCUAAAGACGGAACCAUCAUGCAAUGGGAUGUGGAAAGUGGGAAAAGUGAGAAGUAUAUGUGGCCAAGUGAAGAAGUACUUAUCUCACAUCAUGCAAAACCCCAUCGAAAUCCAUCUUUGAAACGAAGUAAGCAGGUGUUGGCAUUGGCGGUCAGCACUGACGGGCGAUACUUAGUGACUGGUGGAUUAGACCGUCAUGUGCAUCUGUGGGACACUCGUGCACGGGAGCAUAUUCAGGCAUUUCCUGGUCAUUUAGCACCUGUCUCUUGUCUGGUGUUUCAACCUGGUACGUCACAGCUGUUCUCUGGGUCAUUUGACCGGACAAUGAAACUUUGGGAUGUAGAAGACAGAAGUCACAUCAACAAUUUAUUUGGUCAUCAAAGUGAAGUGCUAACAGUUGACUGUCUUGGAAAGCUGGAUGAUGAACGCCUUUUGACAGUGGGUCGAGAUCGAACGUUACGAAUGUGGAAGGUAUAUCUAUAUAUAUAUAUAUAUAUAUUUAAGUGUAUGAUUGCUGAGCUAAUACGCAUAAUUUGGUUGAUCUAUAGAGUUUAUUUUGUUUAUUUCCUUCUUUGAAGCUCAAGAUAA